GAUAGCUGCGCGGCGGCGCACGCGCAUUCAAUCGCGCGCCGUGUACAGCGCAGCACGCGCGAAUUUCCCUAAUUAAGUAAAAACGAAUAACGCGAAAAUUUCGCGCGCGCAUUUCGAAAAUUGAAAUCGAAACGCCGGAAAAAUGAUGCUCGCGGGAGCUCAAAUUGUGGAAAGCAGUGUUUCUUUUAAGACUGAUGAAGCCGGGAGAUCUCAGGCUGUAAUCGCCCCGGGCCCAUCCCAGGCCCUCAGUCCGGUCCAGGCACCAGGCUCUGGUCUCUCCCGGAUACCUUCCAGGGAACCGGUUGACAUCCAGUUUUCAAACGUCACAUACACUGUCUCACUCGGGAUAAACAAAGGUACAAAGCAAAUCCUCCAUGGGGUGAACGGUCGGCUUCGGCCGCGGAAGCUGAUCGCCAUCAUGGGCCCCUCGGGAGCCGGCAAGUCCACGCUGCUGGACGUGCUGUCCGGGUACCGCACCACGGGCGUCGGCGGCGCCAUAUUCAUCAAUGGUCGAGGGAGAAUUAUGAAGAGGUUUAAAAAAAUGUCGUGCUACAUUCAACAAGACGACAGACUUCAGGGCCUGCUCACAGUGGGAGAGAACAUGGAGCUGGCUGCUGACCUCAAAUUGCCCACGAAGCUGGAUAAAUACGAAAAGGGAGAAGUGAUUGAAGACAUCCUCACAAACUUAGGACUGUACGAGCACAUGAAUACCCGGGGAGCACAGCUGUCAGGCGGGCAGAGGAAGCGGCUGUCCAUCGCAUUGGAGCUUAUCAACAACCCCCUCAUUAUGUUCCUUGAUGAACCCACCACAGGCCUGGACAGUUCAUCCUGCACCCAAGUCGUGCAGCUGUGUCGGAGUUUAGCACAUCAGGGUCGGACGAUCGUGUGCACAGUACACCAACCCUCCGCGUCGCUGUUCGCUCUCUUCGACCACGUGUACGUGCUGGCAGCUGGCAACUGUCUCUACCAAGGGACUACUCGGAACCUCGUGCCUUAUUUAGAACAGGCUGGGGUUCCUUGCCCGAUAUAUCACAAUCCAGCUGAUUAUAUUAUUGAAUUAGCCUGCGGGGAAUAUGGAGAAGACAAAAUAGGCCUACUAACUACAAAGGCUGAAAAUGGAAGAGAGUUGACGUGGUUAGAUGAUCCGCAGUCAAUACCUACAAUGGAGGAGCUGAGGAAACUGUACCCGUUGAGUGUGAUGAAGGAACAGGACAACGAGUCGGGGCCUGAGGAGACGCCGCAGUCCAACCAGAGAUCUGUGCUUAUAAGACGAGGAUUUUUAAAGGCGAAACGUGACCCUACGAUGACGCAUCUACGGUUAAUAGUGAACGUAGUUGUGGGAAUUAUGCUGGGAGCUCUAUUCAUCGACGCCGGCAACGAAGGCUCCCGAGUGUUGGAGAACUACAAUCUUCUGUUCGCCAUCCUGAUGCACCAUAUGAUGUCACCGAUGAUGUUGACUAUACUUACUUUUCCUUCGGAGAUGUCAAUUUUGUUAAAGGAGCAUUUCAACCGAUGGUAUUCACUUGGAUCUUAUUACAUUUCUAUAACAAUAGUGGAUUUGCCUAUAUCAAUAGUGUCUUGCGCGAUAUUCAGCGUGAUAGUGUACACGAUGUCCGCACAGCCGUUAGACAUCGCACGGUUCUCGAUGUUCUUCGCGAUCUCCUUGUACACGGUGCUGGUGGCGCAGAGCUUCGGGCUGAUGAUCGGCGCGGUGUUCAAUGUUGUUAACGGAACAUUCCUCGGUCCAACCCUGUCGGUACCAAUGAUGAUGUUCGCUGGCUUCGGAGUCACUUUACGAGACUUGCCGGACUACUUGUACUGGGGUUCCUAUAUCUCGUACCUGAGGUACGGGCUGGAGGGCUACAUCGGCGCUAUAUACGGCCUGGAGAGACCCACGCUGGCGUGCAACCAAGCCAAGUACUGCCAUUACAAGUACCCCCGUACAUUCCUGAAAGAGAUCGCGAUGUCUCCCAACAUGUUCUGGUGGGACAUCCUGGCUCUCACAGUCACGCUGUUCACACUGAGAACUGCUGCCUUCCUGCUGCUCAAGUGGAAGCUAAGUGCUGUGCGAUAACACUUUCAUAUUAAAAGCACUGACUGAAGGAAAGGAUGGCCAAAAAUAAGAUGCCUUUGUAAACUUAAAAGUGUCGCAAGAUGUGUUGGUAUGGUAUGGUUGGUUGCAAAUGAGUUGCUAGCACUGAAAUCAGAAUAAUAGAGUCCUAUAAAUCAGUAGGAAAAUUAUUUACGCGAUAUGAACUCAUUAACUAGCCGCAUCAAAACACAAGUUUUUAUAUAUUUAUUUUAUCAAUCAACCUCUUGUAUAUUUUUUUAUCAAAUCAAAAUGUACUAUUAUGAUUUGAUACGUUUUAAUGAUAAAUAUUAUAAUGCCAUAAUUAAUACUACUGUGAUAUAACACUAUUAUAUUUUGCCGUAAUUUUGAAAAUCUUUGUUAACAAAUCAAACGUACUUAGGUACCUACUUUAAAAUGCCACUGCAUUCUAGACUUGCCAAAUAUAUUUAUUUAAAAUAUUGUAAUAUUUAUCAAUAAAUUUUAAACUGUGUAAGUAAUUAACUAGGUGUGUAGGUACACAUUGAUUUAAAAUUAUAUAAAUAAUAAUUAUUAUAAUAAAUUUUUAAAUAUGACAUUCUAAAGAACUUCGACAGUAUGUAUUUACAAUAUUAUUUAGUGAAAUGGGUACUCACUUCGGAUUUAUUCCUUUACUUGUGCUAUAAGACCUACCUACCUACUUUCAUGAUUCUAGGUCAACGGGAUGUACCCUAUAGGUUUUCUUGACAGACACGACGGACGGGCGGAUUGGCGGACGGACAACUAGACAAACAGACAGACAACCAAGUGAUCCUAUAAGGGUUCCUUUUUUCCUUUUGAGGUACGGAACCCUAAUAACUAUAAAAACCUCAAACUUAUUCCUCAGUCAGUUAAACAUUUAGGAUGUUUAAAGCUCAUUUUUCUGUGCGUUUUGCGCUAGUUCUGGCAUUAGUGCGCGCUCAUUCCAGCGUUUUUGCUCGAACCAGUGCCAGUAGGUCAGUCAUAGCAAUAUUGAAUUGUCUUUCGCGCAAAGAUCCUAUGUAAUAUCUUUAUAUAAAAAUCCUUGUCCUAUAUAAUAUUGUGUGUGUAACAAAAGGCACAUGCACGCGCGCACCAAAGCGAGCUUAUAUUCGCGCAAAGAACGCUAAUCUGAAACCACUCUUAAAAAAAGUUACGUCUCGCUCAGAAAAUAAUAACAUAAAAGUUUAUGUUUGUUACAUUUAUAUAACCUACUAUAUACCUAGUUAUUUAGUUUAUACAGUCAAUUAUGAUUAUUUUGUGAAUAAUUUAAGGUUAGUACUUACCCAUAGAAUACGCCUGCUUAUGAGUAUGUACGAAUUGAGUAGGUACCUAGUAAAAUAUAAUUUAACUAUUACUAAAUAUAUAGGUAUAUAUAUAAGAAUAAUCCCUUUGAUUUUUGUUUGAUAUAGGUAUUCAAAAAAGCGUUUAACUAUAAAUUAGCAUUAUAUUUAGAACAGGGUCGUAUGAACUAAUGUUUAUAUUUUGUACUAUGGGACGUAUUUUUAAUCCAAGUAGUGUUAACUGUGUAGAUACUAAGAUUGCUCAAAGUUUAAUUUAUUGUGAUCUAUUAAAUUCCUAUAGUUUAUGAAGUAUGUUAUUAGCCGGGUCCAGACUGACCGAGCACAUUCGAGCAUGGUUUGCGAACCACGCUUGAGCUUUUUGCUCACGAGCCUUGUCCGAUCAGGCAAUCUGAAAAAGUUAAAAGGUAAACCUUGUGAACUAAGCCAAACCAGUUUUAACCAGUCCGUUAUAUAACUGUAGCAACUUAGCAAGCAAACGUUAUUGCGUAUUUUGAGUCUAUUUUGCACAGCGCGCGAGCUUCCUCACAAAUCACAACGGACUACACCUCAAACUGAGGCGCUUUUGAGCACUACGCUUGUAACGGCACCAUAUUCGUGCCAUGCUUGGCUUUGGCAACAAACGGCUGAUGUAACCCGAGCUAUGUUUACACCCGACAAAAUGACUCCCGCCCUGUUCAGGCCUUACUCGGUCAGUUUGGACGCAGCUUUUGAAGUAACUAGGUAUUCCAAUUUAUGGUGAUAUAUUUUACAUAAUUUUAUAGUCUACUUUUUGUACAAUAAAACACGAAAAUUUAUUUG